CUUCUGACUCCACGUCCUGAGGAUCGCGCCGCCCGCCCGAGGCCGUGUCACCCCGCGCAGGCCGCCUCGGCCCUCCUCGGUGCUGCCGCUCGCUGCGCUCGCUCCCGCCGGCCCCGACCCCGAGCCCGCGCCCGCGGAGAUCAUGAAUCAGGCAGAUAAAAAUCAAGAAAUCCCACCAUACCUUAGUGAUGAGCCACCAGAAGGUUCAAUGAAAGAUCACCCACAGCAGCAGCCAGGCAUGUUGUCCCGAGUGACUGGGGGUAUCUUCAGUGUUACAAAGGGAGCGGUUGGCGCCACCAUUGGUGGUGUGGCUUGGAUUGGUGGAAAGAGUCUGGAAGUGACCAAAACAGCUGUUACAACUGUGCCUUCCAUGGGAAUAGGGCUGGUGAAAGGAGGCGUGUCUGCUGUGGCUGGAGGUGUUACAGCUGUUGGGUCUGCUGUUGUAAACAAAGUGCCCUUAACAGGAAAAAAGAAAGACAAGUCUGACUAAAACAUGGAGAUACACUUGCUCUCCACAGCAUUAUGAUGCCAGUGGCAUUGAAUUGCUAAAUUAUGGACUACAACCAAGUCAACUGUUCUGGACAUUUUAUCUUCUGAACUGCUGUGUUGAAAGUAUUGACUGGCUUUCAUUUGAAGAGACCAAUACCAGCACAGUGUAUGAAGGUUUCUCAUACUUAAGUUCCAGCUUUUUAUCUGGUAAAUUGUUACACCUAUUCAGUUGUAACUGAAGAUAUGGUAUGUUUAAAUAUUUACUGUUAAUCUUUCAGUUUGACUAAAAAUGUGAAAUUCAAUUUAGUAGAUGAUCCUACAGUUCCAUAUGUAUAAUGUGCCAGGUAACUCAUUUGACCCUUACAAAGGGAAUCUUGAACUACAUAAACUGUACCUUCGAUGUGCCUAAUAGUUUCAGAUGUCUUAGUUUUUUAUAAUUAUAGUGGUUUAGGCCAAGAGAAAUUCUUUUCUUAUUUAAGCUGGCAAAGUAGCAGGAGUUAAAAAGUUUAAAAGAUAAUGGUUAUAUGAAACUGUUAACUUUCUUUUGUUAGAUAUGCACCCUAUUUGUUUAUUCAUCAAUGCCUUACAAAAGAAAACAUCUUUUCUAGUACCUUAAAUAUGUGCAGAAAUACCCGUGAAUUCUUUUAAAGGUUGUGAAAGUCAUUUUUCCUCUUCAGAAUCUCAGGAGUAGGGAGAUAAGGCAUUUCCUGCUGUCAGUGGGUAAGACAGUGCUUGUUAACUGUUAUGUCAGUAGUUAAAAUCCAAUUAAGUUCAUGCACCCAUCAUUAGUACACCUCACAGUGCCUAAGGAACGUAUCUUAGCUGGUCAGAAGUUGUGUUGGAAAAGUUUCAUCUUAAGGAGGAAUGAAAUAAUUUUAAGUUCUUAAGAAUUACCUACAGGAGGCCAGGCAUGCUAGCACGCCUUUAAUCCCAGCACUUGGGAGGCAGAGGUGGGAGGAUUGCUGUGAAUUCAAGGCCAACCUGAGGCUACAUAGUAAAUUCCAGGUUAGCCUGGACUAGAACAAAACCCAACCUUGGAAAAAAAAAUUACCUGGAGGAUCUAAGAUACAAAAAGAAUCUUUCACAUCUACUCUGCCAUUAGCAUGUCUUAAGUUAUCAGAAGCAAUUCCUUCUAAAAAAAAAAAAAUACAGGGACUUAUUUAGCUCAGUGGAAGAGUGCUUGCCUAGCCAGUCAAGGCCCUGGCUAUGGGUCUCCAGCAUUGAACCAUAAUCCAACCAUAAAUCGGUGAGGACUGAUGUUUAACAUGAAUGAAAUGGGCUCCAUGUAUAAGUUUUGAAUCAAAAUAUGUAAUGCAGGGUUUUUUGUUUUUGUUUUUUUGGAGACAGGGUCUCAUAUAGCCCAGGCUGGCUUCAGACUCUGUAUAGCUGGUAACCUUGAACUCCUGACCCCCCUACCUCCACCUUCUGAGUCCUGGAUUACAGGUGUCUGCCACCACAACCAGUUUAUGUGGUGCUAGGGCCUGGACCCAGGGCUUCCUGCAUGCUAGGCAUGAACUACCAAUUGAGCUGCAGUUCCUGCCCAAUUAAUAUAGUCCUUUAAAAUAUGUUCUCUUUUAGCUCUGUAAAGCAGCUGUAAACUAGCAUUUUGAUUCCAAUUUCAGGCAGGGAAUUGAAGUUUUUGAUUAUGAAUGGUAAAUAUGUCACAUCUUAACAUAUUACCAUGUCUCAUUCAUUCUCAUAUACUAGCCAGGAGUUCAUUACUUUUUGUUUUCAUAUUCAGUUUCAUGAAAAUUUUAACAACUGACAUAUGUUUGGCAUUCCUCUUCUAAUCUAAGCCUGCUAAGUCUAAAAAUUAUCUCCAUUCUGCCCCUGUCAGUCCCCUGGAGGGAAGUAGAGGUGCUGCUUUGACGUAAAGAAGAAAAAAUUUAGUGUCCAUGAGAACCUGAAUAGCUCAUCCUAACACCGAGGCUUCAGUGUUUUCUUGACUGUUAAGAGUAUUCCAUCAGUACUGUGACUCAUCUUUGGAUAAGAAUAUAAAACGUAACAGCUUUUGUAAAUUACCAGCAGGAAUGUUGGUUGUGAUCUAUAAAGCUUCUUGAACCUUUCUGCUUAAUCUGAAACUUAAAAUCAUCAAGGAGCUCACAAAAAAUUAAGUGGUAAUUUAUUUUUUGAAAUGUAAGAACUAUUUGUUGGUAUAACUAAAUAUCUAAAUUAACAAGUGGUAUUUUUUAAAUUCCAAAAUUAAUAGACCCACAUACAGUGAUCUAAAAUAAUGGUUUUGGAGAACUUGUUUCCUGCUAUUUAGAAGAAAGUAUUGAUUCAUUGCUAGUUUAUAUUUCUCACUUUUCUUUUAUAGUCAUAGGCGCUACGUGCUUUGUACUGUAGACUUUAGUUUACUGUAUACUUGCAUAUUUAUUUUCAACUUUGCUUGUCUUUAAAGUUGCUUGAGGAAAUAUGGUUAUAAUUUCUGCUACAGAAAAGCUUCCUGGUAAAUUUUUGAUCAUCUGAAAUUCUAAACUACAAUUUUGUUCAAAGGGGCUUUGUAGUCAUAGCAGAGGACUGUACAGAUGUAUGGUUGGCCAUAGACAUUCUUACGGAAAGGAACUUGCCCUCUGGUGAUGUGUACAGCUGCAUACUUGAGUCUUUUCCAGUUUAUUCACAUAGACUAGCAAUUUGACCUGUUAAACAGGACUAGUUCAUUUGAGAAACUACGGUUAUUAUAUACAUCCACAGACAUCUGUUUUUCAGCUUGUUUAUUGAGUGGGUAUUUGGCACGGUGGAAAUAAACUUGUGUGACCCACCUGAGUGACUGAUGUAAUGAUGUUGCCGUUAUGAAUCCUGUAUGUAGUGAAAUGUCAGAUGAAAAUCUCUGAAUAAUUUUUUUUUAUUAAACGGAUGGGAAGACACAAAUCUGUUAAUAAAGUACUAUGAUCUGCAAA